AUGGCCCAGAAGGCAAUGAGGGUAACUGUUGAACUGCACCUGAGAGCGGUAACCUGUCCAGGAGUGCAUUUACCAGCCAAAGAUGACGUCUACCUCUUCGUGUGCCUGAUGAACCAGUAUAGAAAGUCCGAAUGUCUCCCAGCAGUUUUCCCGUUGCUUUUUCGAGAGAAAAUGAGAUUUGAAAAGGUAUUCAAGUACGCUGUCGACCCCGCAGAUAUUGCAGAGAUCUUGCAAUUUGAAAUGGUCAAAGUUGAGCUUAUACAGUUAAUUCCCCCAGUUGGGGAAAUACUAGCAAGUUUUGAGGAGGAUGCAAGGAGUUUUCUGUUCCCUGAGCCCAAGCUGGUUCCCUCUUUUUCUGGAGUGGACCGAGAGGUUCUCAUGACGAGGGACCCCACAUUUCCUGGAAUUUCUCCAAGAUUAGAAUUUUCCACUAGGACAACCAUAAGUGACUGUUCAGAGGAAGACCAUUCACCAGUUGCGCCAGUGAGAGUGGUCACAAGGAAAAGACAAAAGAAGUCCCGGCAGCAGGGCCGCACCUCACCCCAAAGAAGACUGUGCUCCUCCGCCCCACGGAGUCAAAGAGGUUAUCAAGGCCGAGAGACGGCACCAAAGGUGUCCAGGUCACGCUCUCUGUCCCCGUACACUGCGGGUCUGCUUGAAGAAGAAGGAGUUUUGGGCGGCACAUGGGCAGUCCUCACCCCAAAAGGGUCCCGUUACAUUCAGGCCCACCAGGGUACGAAGCCCCACUCUGCAUCGCCCAAGAUCUCCGAACAGAGCUGUUCACUGUUGCGUUCCUCAAAUGUAUGGGAGGAGGUUCAAGAGCGUGUCCGCAACCUUCUUUCCUCCUCCGGGGCGGUGCGCAGACUGGCCCAAGGUGCUACAGACUCAGAAACAGAUGAGGUGCUAAGACGGAGGUCAAUCUCACCACAUUCAUGGCCAUUGUAG